AUGGAGCGAUCCAUGAGGGAGCUGUUUCUCAACUUUACCGUGGUCCUCAUAACUUUAAUCCUCAUGUGGCUGCAGGUAAGAUCAUAUCAGUACUAA